UCCAACUUUUGCCUUUUAUUCUUGACUUCAAAACUUUCAUUCCAAUUCAUAAAAUAAGCCAUAAAAAAUUAUUUUAAUUUUCACAACCCAAAAAAAAAAAAAAAAAAAAAUGGUGGCUCUAUCAAAUAGUGCAUCAAUCAAACUCCAAGGCUCCUCCUCUCCUCCUCCUUUCUCCACCUUUCCGAUGAGCAAUCCCAUCUCCACCACAACUCUCGAGCAUCAACUCGCCGCCGCAAAAAGGGCCAAGCACCACCACCACGCCGCAUCGGAGCUACUCCCCGGAAUCCCCGACCACCUGAGCCACCUCUGCCUCUCUCUCGUCCCCCCUUCCAAACUCUUCACCGUCUGCCGCUCGUGGCGCCGCCUAAUUUACUCCCCGUCUUUCCCCCCCUUUCUCUCUCUCUACGCCCUAUUCCUCCCCGCCGAGAGCAAUCACCACCACCACCACCUCUCCAACACCCUCCAAUUCGCCUCCUUCGAUCCGAUCUCCGCCAAAUGGCAGCCGCUCCCCCCGCCGCCGCCUGACUGGCCGCUCCGCUUCCUCUCCCGCCACCCUUCCUUCAUCUCGCGGAGGAUCCCCGUUCAAUCUGUCGCCGUCGCCGGCAAGCUCGUCGUCCUCGCCGCCACCAACGACGACUUCCUCCCCGCCCUCUCUCAGCCGCUAAUUUUCGAUCCGCUCUCUGGAAACUGGUCCCUCGGCCCGCAGCUCGGCUCCCCCCGCCGCUGGUGCGUCGCCGGCGCCUCCCGCAGCGCGGUCUUCGUCGCCAGCGGGAUCGGCUCGCAAUACAACACCGACGUCGCGAGAUCGGUCGAGAAGUGGGACAUAGACUCGCACCUCCACCAACCGCCGCGCCGCCGCCGCUGGACGUGGCAGAAGAUGGGAAACCUCAAAGACGGUAAAUUCAGCCGCGACGCUAUCGACGCGGUGGGAUGGCGGGGGAAAUUGUGCAUGGUGAACGUGAGCGGCGACGCGGCGAAAGAGGGAAUAAUUUACGACAUCGAAAAGGAUUCGUGGGCGGAGAUGCCAGAGAGGAUGCUGGCGGGGUGGAGGGGGCCGGCGGCGGCGAUGGACGAGGAGACGAUCUACGCCGUCGACGAGUCCAAAGGCCUGCUGAAAGCGUACGAUCACGUCAAAGACGCAUGGCGGGAGGUGGUGGAGGAUACUAGGCUUAAAGGGGCGCAGCAGCUGGCCGCCGCGGGCGGGAGAGUGUGCGUCUCUGCCGCCGACGGUGGUAGCAUCGUGGUAGUGGAUGUGGUGGCACCGCCUCCUGCUCGGUUGUGGGUUGUGGAUGGGCCGCCUGGAUUCCAAGUUUCCACACUUCAUAUCUUGCCUAGAUUGAGCGACACUGGUAACUGAAUUUUUUUUGCUUCAUUUAUUUAAUUUUUAUUUUCACUAUAAUUUUAGAAUUCUCGCUGUUUAUAAUAAAAAAAAAAUGGAUUAUUAUUUUGUCAGAAAAUCUAUUUGUUUGAUUGUUGAUUUUUUUUUUUUUUUGGUGGGGUGGGGGCCGGGGGAAUAUUUAGCGGUAAUGAUGAAACUUAGUUUAAAAGUGUGGGAUGUGGCAAUAUUUAGGACAACGUUGAGAUUUAUAGAUAUAAAUGGAAUAUUCCACAUUACAAUGUAAAAACAAUCACAAUAUCUGUAUUAUGUUUUGCGAAUACAUAUCGACAAUAGUUUUUUAUUCUCA